AUGACCUACGUCUCAAAUAAUCCCAGUUGGUGGCCGACAAUCAAUUUGAGGAUUUAUUCCAGCCAUUGGACGGUUGCCGCCGCCGCCGUGGUGGUAUAUGAUUCGGUCUUAACAUUCGGACAAGAGAUUGAACUCAUCUGGAGACAACGCUGGUCUCUCAUGACCGUGCUGUAUUUGAUUGUUUAUACGCUAUAUUGGAAUACCAUUUUCUGUUGUCCAUCUUCUACGAAGUAUGACAUCGGUAUCGCUGACAGAUGCAGCACUAUCACGUACUACGCAAUAAAUGGCACAACUGUGGCGUUGACUGCCAUGUUGGGUGUCAUCAUGAUUGCUCGGUUGCAUGUCAUGUAUCAGGGAUCUAGAAAUAUGCUUAUGUUCCUUGUUAUUAUCUUCCUGGCUGUAAACAUCGCCUGCGGAGUAAUCGUGGCAAUAGCACUCAACGAUACUGUAUUUGAGGAGUUCAUACUCUCUGGCAUAUAUGAAUGCGGUGUUGUAUAUGGAGGGGACAAGCAGCUUCUGUUUUCAAUGGUUUGGAUGCUCAACACUGUUUGGGAGGUCCUCGCACUGUGCCUUUCAGUCUGGGUGGCUGUGAAACACUUCCGUGAGCUGCGACGAUUCGGCUCAUCGACAGGAUCGACCAUCAGGGACUGUUUCAGAGUGCUCAUACAAUCUCACGUUCUCUAUUUUGCAAGCUUUGUUAGUGUCUCUUGCCUCCAUCUUGCUGAUCUCUCUCCAGAAAUCUCGAAUUCAAAUUCCAUUGGAGGUCAGAUACUCAGAGGUGCUCUUGAAAUUUUAUCGGUCGUGCGGAUGUUUGUGCUGGGACCACGCCUCGUCCUUAGCGUUCGAGAAUACAAUGCGAAACUCGUGGCAUACUCUGACGCAGAAACUAGCAUGAAUUUGAUUGUUUUCCAGGAGCAUGUACAUGUAUCAACUAGCAAUACUGUAUAG